AUGACAAAGUCGAGGGAUCAAAAUCCCACAGGCUCUACUCAAAAGAAGCUCUUUGCAUUUCCUCGAAUGCCACGUCCAGUCAAAGUCAAUCCACCAUUUGAACCCUUUGAAAAUCGUUCACGCGAAGUGAAAGUCGAGGACCCAAACUUGGUUAGUGAUUCUUUUGGCCGAAUUGUGGAAAAGAAGUACAGUCGUUGUCAUUGGUACGCAAAAAACACAGGCAACUUUGGAGCCAACUUUUUGGUAAUGGCAGGAGACCAAGAACAUUUGUGCGGCACUCAAUUCUCGCUUAAAUCAAGAUGGAACUAUGGGCAACCACCACCAUCAGAGCCAACUGAUUGGCUUGUUCAAUGGGUACCUGAAAAGCUUGAGACCUUGGAGACUCUAGAUAUCCAGAAGAACAUUUGUGCGGCACUCAAUUCUCGUCUCAAAAUGCGUUGGCUGAUUGGCGUCGAGCGGGGCUUGGUUAAAGGUUGUUUGAUGGAUCGACUGGAUCGCGAUCUUAUCGGAAAUGCCUUCUCUUAUGCUGUGACCCGUGAAUUCGUACCUGAUUUAGAUUUGGAUCUGAUUUCACUCAAAUUCCUCAUUGUAUCAGACGGCGAGGAAACAUUUGACAAUGAAGGCAAAUUCAAGGCUAUCAUCGAGAUUGCGGUCACUUCAAAGACAAAUUCAAUCUAUCAACUUUCUUCGGGACGCUGCUUCUAUUUGCACGGAGGAAUCGUUUGCUGCGAAAACAUUGAAAAGUUCCGAAAAAUCUGGCAAGACGCGGCAAUCAAUCGAGAAAAUACUGAAAGUACUUCGACUACGAAAGCUUCAACGUCUGGGACAAUUUUAACUUUGCUAGCGGGCCUUGUUGGUGGAUUCGUCGCGGCCAAGUAUUUGAUUCAAAAGAAAAUCGUUUCC